AUUUACGAAAAACCAGGUGGCAACACUUGGCAAGAAUGCCGCAUUUUUUACGUAAAACUUAUUUUCCGUAAAUGCAACAAGUUCUCCGUGCUGCUUAACUGGAUAAAAUCGAAUCUUUGGAGCAGCAUUACUAACUAACUACUUAACGAAGCCGGAUCACCAUCAGGACCAUGAUCUACACCACCACGCGGAUGUCCUCGCGCGGCGGCCUCAUCGGCUCGCUGAUCAACAAAGUCAGGCCCCUCGCCGCCGCCAGCAUCAGUAACUCCCUGGUCCAGUCGAAAACGCUGGAGGAGCAGGUGGGCCUGCCGCCGCGGCCCAAGAAACCCCUGACUCCCUAUUUCCGCUUCAUGCGGGAGCAGCGACCCAAGCUGAAGGCCUCCAACCCCCAGAUCACCACCAUCGAGGUGGUGCGCCUGUCCAAGAACUGGUCCGACGCCGAUGCCCAGCUCAAGGAGCUGCAGGCCGAGUUCAAGCGGGAUCAGCUCUACCUGGAGCAGCGCACCAAGUACGAUGCCACGCUCACCGAUGAACAGCGGGCCGAGAUCAAGCAGCUGAAGCAGGAUAGUGGACGCCAAGGAGCGCGCCAGCUGCGCAAGCGGGUCAAGGAGCUGGGCCGACCCAAGAAGCCCGCCUCCGCCUUCCUGCGAUUCAUCGCCAGCGAACGCACCAACACCCCGCAGGGCGCCAAGCAAACCUAUCGCGAGUGGCACCAGAAGACCACGGCCAAGUGGACCCGCCUCUCCGACUGAAAGGAGGUGUACAUGCAGGAGUCGCGCAAGGAGAUGGAACUGUACAGAAAAGCGAUUUCCGUUUGGGAGGAAAAAAUGAUCCGUCUGGGCCACAUCGACGUGGUGCGUCAUGGCAAUCUUAUCGACCCUCCUGAGCCAAAGCCACGCAAGACGCAGGCCCCCAAAGAGAAAUAGUGCUAGCUUUGCGGCCACCUUCUGCCAUCACAUCCACAAUUCAUAGUUCACAAUUCAUUUUGUUUUUCGUUUAUCUUCUUUCAUCGCAAAUUGUUAAGGUUAAGGCAUUAAAGAUUAAAUGCUAGCCCGCAUAAGUAUAACUUAGAACCCCUUGUUCCUGAAGUUAGUUUUACGAAAGGUACAUGUAGUAAUUUUUCUGGUCUAUUUUAAUAGCUCCAGCAUUACAAAUAUAAAGACAGUUUUUGACGAAA